AUGAUCCACACGGUGCUGCUGCUUUGCUUGGUCUUGUGGUCCCCAGUGACUACCUUUCCAAGAAAUGCCCAGGGCAAGGCCCUGACCCUCCAGCCAUCUUCCACAGAAACUAAGCAUCCACCAAACGUGGUGUCCAGUCAUAUCCCUCUCCCAGACCCCAGAACCUGCCAGAAUCUCUUACACACAGUCCCUUCCUUAGCUCUGAGGGUGGCCCUGGAGGAGGCUGGCUGCCCAACUGAGGCCCACAAUCUGCAGCUUCAGCUCACUAGGGUGGGAGGGAAGAAUAUCGCUGAAACCCUCAUCCAUGAAAGCCAAAAGUACAAUGAAGACAAAGGGACUGACAACACUGAGGUCAUUCUGAGCGAUCUCCCAGGGGACCUUAAGAGGUUUCAGCGGUCAGUUACCCUGCCUGAGGCAUGUACCUCAGAACAUGGCUCAUUGCUCCACGAGAUGGCAACACUAAUGGUUGAAUUUGCUGAGAAGCUUCCUUCCACUGACCUGAUAACAGAGUUCAAGACUUCUGCUGUCAAAGUGACUCAGACAUGCACAGAUGAGUCUUGGGAACAAUUGGAAGAUGUAGGCAAGAGAUUGAUGAAAAGCCCGGAAAUGAAAAAUGCCACAAUUCCUAUAGAAGAUCAGAUAUACUUUAUUGUUCGAAUUGCAGUUGUUCUGAAACGUGUUUUACUGGAGUUACUACAGAAAAUAUAUUCAGGUUUAUUUUAUUUUGGGUAG